AUGCGCUUGGGGCCAGGCAAGGCUCUGCGGGGCGCUGGGCGUCGGGAGCUUGGAAAAAUGAGCAAAGUUAGGCAGACGUUUGAAAAUGCCGCAGGCAGCGAGCAGGAAAACCCUGAAGCCACUGAAAUGACACAGGAUCAGCUGCUGAACUAUCAGUUGAUGUUUCCCAUAGACCAGGACAAAUCCAUCCCCUGGAAUGCUAUCACUGCAUAUGAAAACAUGAAAGCAAAGAGAAUAUCUGAACUCAAGAAGUGGAAAGAGCAGGGACCUUGUCAGAAGGAGCUUUACAGAGCCCUGUAUAAAUUGGCAAAGGCACAGCAAAGAAGCAGAGGGGAGGUUUACAAAUUCUACUUGCCCAACUGCAAUAAGAAUGGAUUUUACCACAGCAAACAG